AUCAACAGGGUAACCACAUGCUAUUAUACUACAUAGUAUGUGUUCUACUCCACAGAGUAGAUGAGAUGGCCAACUGUAAUUUGUGAUUUCACGGAUAAUGCUGCUGAUAUCAUGGGUGUGGUACAUAUGUAUGACAGAUAUGCUUAGGGAUAUUGUUCUCCCUGGAGACUAAUCAAUGACAACCAAGCACCCUUGACAUAAAGAUUGUAAUCAUUUGUGGUAUCGUUAUCAUCAAAACAGCUGUGAUGAAUACAGUAUCUCCUUCCAUCCAAUUUUCAUGCUGGAUAUCACUGCACAAUAGGUUGCUGUUAGAGCAUGUUGUGAUAGUGAAUCGCAGUGCUGAAUCACUCUCUGAAAGCAAGACAGUACUGUACUAUGGAAACUUUCUACUGCUACUAUUCCACGUUUGAUGCAGCUACAGCUGCACCUUCAACUACUUACUCGGAACCUCAUACUCAGAUGGUGUUUAGUGGACGAUGUCUGUUUCCUGAGGCUAACCAAUAUCAGACACAAUUCAGCAAUCAGUGGGAUGAAUGUAACUUGGAGGCUUUACUGUUUGACAUAGAAAGUGUAGUAUCAAGUGCAGGACUUCCAGUUUCUAGUUCUGCUGGUUAUCAUCAUAAUUGUGCUCAACUGCCAACAGUAUCAGCAACCCCAACACAUAGUCAAAAGCCAGUUUUUCCAGCAAAACAAAGAAAACCUGCUAGUGUCAGUGCGAAAAGAGCAAAACAAAAUGAACGUGACACCUGCAAGCGAAACAGUGAUGAGAGAGCCUUCUGGAACUUCUUGCAAGUCUUUGGUCCGCACUCAAAAUCUGACCAUAGUACAGAGAUGUCACUAACAAAAGCUGAAAAAGCUGACUGCGUUAAUCAUAUGUCACAAGCCUUCUUGAAAACAUAUGAGAGUUGGCCGCAAGAGAAACGAAACGGGGUUGAUGAAUUUCUUCAAAGAGUACGAGAUAUGUUUAACAAGCGACAGCUUGAACCAGAGAUGAAGUUAGACGUGAGAAGAAGGUCUAAGACAUGCAAGCAACGAUGGGCAAACAAUCAGAGUAUGUGGUGUAGGCACUGCAGUGUCCCACUGAGAAAAAAGGCUUGCUUGAUAAAGGGCAAGGCAACAAUGUAAUCAAGAUUUAGCUUAUCAGGUUAUGAAUGCCCAAUGAGUUGUUGCUAUACGACUUGUGUUCAUUACCAAUUGAUGGUUUGAGUUCUGCAACAAUGCAACAACUUGUUUUCAGUUACAUUUUGAGAUAUAACAGUUAUUCGUAGUUCUUGCAAUUGCUUAUCACAAUAUUUUGAAUUCAGUGCAUUUAAUGUUCAAA